AGAAAGAAAAGAAAAAAAAAUUCAGGUGUCAAAACAAUAUGGAUAGUAGAAUCCUAUUUUUAAAGGUAAACAUACAUCCACAUACGUAUGUAUUUAUGUGUCUAUAUACGUGUAGACAAAAAAGACUGGAAAGGUCUACCCCAAACCAUUAAGAGUGAUAUUAUUUGCUUUUCCUAAGUCGGCGCUCACCAAGGAGAAAGCCAUGUUCACUUCGAGCACCAAGAUCGUGAAGCCCAAUGGCGAGAACCCAGGCGAGUUCGAGUCCAGCAUCUCCCAGGCUCUUCUGGAGCUAGAGAUGAACUCAGACCUCAAGGCUCAGCUCAGGGAGCUGAAUAUUACGGCAGCCAAGGAAAUUGAAGUUGGUGGUGGCUGGAAAGCUAUCAUAAUCUUUGUUCCUGUUCCUCAACUAAAAUCUUUCCAGAAAAUCCAAGUCCGGCUAAGGAGAAUUCUGCCUAAGCCAACUCGAAAAAGCCAUACAAAAAAUAAACAAAAGCGUCCCAGGAGCCAUACACUGACAACUGUGCACGAUGCAAUCCUUGAGGACCUGGUCUUCGCAAGUGAAAUUGUGGGCAAGAGAAUCCGCGUGAAACCGGAUGGCAGCCGGCUCAUAAAGGUUCAUUUGGACAAAGCACAGCAGAACAAUGCGGAACACAAGGUUGAAACCUUUUCUGGUGUCUAUAAGAAGCUCACAGGCAAGGAUGUUAAUUUUGAAUUCCCAGAGUUUCAAUUGUAAACAGAAUGACUAAAU